CGUUUUCCUUACACAAUGUGCCACCCAUCUUCUACAGAACCCCUUAACACUCGCAUUCUCCCACCCCUUCUUCUGUUUGUUUUCUUUUCCAUAUAUAACAAACAUGCAAACGCAACCAAUUUCCACUGUCGCCUUCACGCUCUUCCUUCUCUUGUUGUCUCCACCACGCGCCGCCGCGGCAAGGCCACCACCAGAUCCACUUCGUACAUCAUGCGCGCAGGCCAGGUACCCCGCUCUAUGCGUGCAAACCCUCUCCAACCUUUCCAACACCGCCGCCAAGCCCCUCGACCUUGCCCAGGCCGCCGUCAGAGCUAGUCUGGCCCGUACGCGCGGUCUCUCCGCCUACCUUUGGGCGCUAAAGGCUGCAUCGCAGGGUUUCGAACUGAGGCAGCGAGUUGCGGUGAGUGACUGCGUGAAGCAGAUAUCCGACUCGGUGAGAGAAUUGAGCAAGACGCUGAACGAGUUGCAGCACCUCCGCGACGAAACCUUCCAGUGGCAGAUGAGCAACGUGCAGACCUGGACCAGCGCCGCCCUCACCAACGGCGACACUUGCAUCUCCGGCUUUAACGCUGUCGCCGCCGCCGCCGCCGGGAAUAUCAAGUUGGAGCUCAAGCAAAGAGUCACCGACGUUUCCAUGUUCACCAGCAACGCGCUUUACCUCAUCAGCCGCCUCACUGAUAGCGUCACGGGGAAGCCUCGCGCCAAUUCCGGGAACUGAUCAUGUCCCUUCAUCACGGUUCUUAGGUGUGAAUAUCUGAAGAGUGUGUUUGGAAAGAUGUUAGAAGGUAGAAACCACGUUUAAGCGUUUUUUUCUUUUCAAACACGCAAGCACCGGUAUAAGUAUAAGGAUCUGUUUGCAGUAUAAGCUUUGGUGUUGGUUUUUUGCUAAGUAAUGAAUGUGUGAAUUAUACUGUUACUAAUAUAACAUGUCUU